UGAAUGAAAAUGUUAGGAGCUCGAUGUGACCGGCGCUGCUACCACCUUUCUGUCAAUUUGUUCACGUCAUUUUUGCAUUUUUCUUCAUAAUACCCAUUCAUUUUUUAAUUUUCGACACAUGACGCGAAAUGAUUUUCUUUCCGUUUUUCACGAGAUAAAGGCGCAUUCAUGAAAAUACGUUAAUCAAAUGCUGUUUCAUUUUGACCUACGUAUAAUUGGGUUCGCCUUAUUUCUCUUAACCUAACUGGAUAGUUAAUCAUUUACCUACUAUUAUCUACUAAAAAAUUGGAAUUUCCCUACGAAUAAAACUCAAUGUUAAAAUUAAAUCUGCAUGAUUAAUUUAUUGCGUAAUAAAUGGAACUUGACUUAUAAAGAUGAGUCGUACAAUGGAUGAAAAGGAAGAAUUGGUUAAAAAAUCUUUAUUUAGUUUUGUAAGAAAAGAGGUACCCAGUGCCCAAUUAAGUUUGAUAGAUGACAUUGUCCUGAGUUAUGUAGUGAGUAUGGUAGAAGAAAGUGCACUUGAGGAAGAUCUGGAUGUUGAUGGACUAUGUGAAAUGGUUUCUGCUUGUCUUCCUGAGUUUUCUACCAUUGAGAAAGAAGCAGUAUCCAAAUGGCUGUUGGAUAUUGAAAGUAAAUUACGGCAAGAAAGUAAAGAGAAUGAAAAUUGUCAACCUCAAGAUCCCUUGAGUCAUAUUAGUUUAACAGCUUUAUUACCUCCUGGUACACAAAGAAUGAGAGUUCACCAUCUCUCAGAAACUAGCGAUGCUGGAAGUGAUUCUAGUGGAGAAUAUUUUUCGGAAGAAUCAUCUUGGCAUCAAGUAGCACUUUUGCAAGAAAUGUUCCCAGCUGCAAGUCCAGCAGAAGCCAGACAUUGUUUGGCAGUUGCUGGCGGUGAUAUAGCAAAGGCGGCACAACUUGCGCUUCAUAGACAAGAAGCAGGACAGAGUAUCGUUAGUAACCUUACUUUUCUAACACCAAACGGUCGUAACAAGGCUAGAGUGAAUGACGAGGAAUUGAAAUCACGUAUUAUAGCGCGGUAUAGUUAUGUCGACAGGGAUGACGAUUCACGCGAGCAUCGUCCAGUCGCACCGAAAACGGAACCAAAAAAAUUAGUACGCUAUUUAGACAACAAGAUUGUGAGUGUGAAGGGAGAACGAUACACUGAAGUAAGAAGGGGCGGCGAAGAGGAGGAUGGCAAUGAAGGUGGAAGGAAAAGAGGUCAUUGCCGACCGUAACCAGCCCCUUUGCCUCCACCCCCCGAUCCACCCCCUUGGAGGCAUCUGAUUUCAAAUUAAAGCUUUCACUUAGAUUCUCUUGUCUUGCUUAUAAGAAAUGCGGACAGGGUGUUGAAUUUCUACAUACUUGCAAGCAUACUUUUUAUUUUUUUUUUUUUUUUCAAUUGUAUUUGUCUUAUUUACGGUGACUUUUAUGGAUUGUAGAAUUUUUUUUAAUCUUUUUGUGCGUGAUAUUACUCAUAUUGUGAUUUUAUGCAAGAGAUUUGUUGCAUUUUAACAAAUCACAUAUAUGCAUGCCGUUCACAUAUGGCGUGCCGUUCGUGGUAUGGAACGACGAAAAUUUCUUCCUAACGGUACAUUGCUAAUAUAAAGAAUCAUUAUUAUUAUUAUUAUUAUGUCGCAGUUUAAGUACCUGUUAACGUAUAAUCAACUUACGUUUGAAACUUUCUACACUCUAUCAAGUGUAGAAUGAUGACAAAGUAAAUUUAUCAUUUUUAGUUUAGAGAAGCUUUUUUAUGUCAACGAACUUACAGGUUAAUUAAAAUGUAAUUGCAGAAAGCAAUUUUGUAAUAUUUUAUUGUUUCUGACAGUUUUUUAGACUUUAAGAUCAACGCUAUAAUUUAAGAAUUUUAUUUAUGAACAAAUGACCACUAUAAGUUCGUUUAUUAAACUUAAAAUUCAAUUUCUGCAAUAUAAUGUCGAUAAUUUUGCAUUUUCACACAUGCAUACACACCUUUACUAUUAAAAUAAUAUGCACAUUUUAUUUAUUAAACAUGUCGUGUGUCUCAUGUUUUUCAAUGAAUAUCCAACGAUUGUUAAAUUAACGAUUAUAAUUAAGUCUAUGACGUGCUGAUAUUUUUUCAAAUAGAUUAGAAUUGUAUUAGGUACCCAGAAAAAUUCUUUCCAAUUUUUGUUGAUCAUAAUUUUAGAAAUUGACAAAUUUUUAGAAGUGGAAAAAAUUAUUGUUAUUACUAUUAACUAUUUUAUUGUGAUAAGUCAGGAUAGUGGAUGAAAGAUUAUGUUCCAACCAUCACAUUUGUCGAAUCUCUCAUUAGCAGAUUUUCAUUUCUGAAUUUGAAUAACCAUAUGAGGAAUAAGUAGUUUAAUAAUGAAAAUAAUCUGAAAGAGAAAGUAUCAAGAUUUUUCACGAUAAAAUAAAAAAUUUUUAUAAAAAUGGCAUUUUAAUAAAAUGUGAAGGUUCAUAUUUUGAUAAAUAAAUUCAUUUUAAAAUAAGAAUAUGUUUCUGUAAUUUUUCGUAUGGAAAAACAGCAAGAACUUUUUUGGAUACCUAAUAUAUUUUAUAAUAUUAAUAGUAAGAUUAUAAUAGUAAAAUUAAUUCAACUGAUUGUUUAUAAACUGAAAUUGAGUGAAAAAUGUCUCACUCUAUCUUUCGCUUUCUGUUUGUCUUUUUCUCUCUUUCAGAUGUGAUGAAGAAGUACGUAAAAACGAUAAAAUAAGUGAUAUAAUAUCUUUGCAAAGAAUUCGAUUCUUUGCAAUAGCAUUAAAAAUAAAAUGAUAUAUAACAAAAAAAACGUUUAGGAAUUUUUAUGUGCACAUUUAUUCGAAAAAAAAAAUCGAAAAAUUUCAAAUAAAUAAUUAUUCUAAGCAUGCAUAGUUAUAAUUAUUGUCUAUAAAUAUAAUCGAAAUUUACCAAAAGUUUAAUAUCAUAUUAAUUGUAAAAAGAAAAACUAUCGUGCAAGUAAAUACUGUGUGCAUACUGAAUCUUUUGGUAUCGCAAGAAAAUUAUCAAUUUGUAGAUUUCGGAUAAUGAAUUGUAGUGUACGUAUUAGAAAUAAAAAAAUAAACACACACACACACACAUACACACGUGCAACACAAAUAUUAUAUACAUAUACAUGUAAUAGAUAUAUAAGCGGGAUGAAAAAAAUGCUUACCGCGCCAUAUAAUUUACCAGUAUUACUAUUGUUAUUGCUAUUAUUGCAAACUUUAAAAUGUAGACAGAUAUAAUCAUCUAACUUUUAAAAUAUUAAUAAAGUCGAAUAAUGUACACUUCCAAUAAUAUAUAUAUUACAGAGCGAAGUUUAACAAUAAAUUCAUAGGGACAUCAAAUUUUGACAUUACAUCAUUAUUGCUGAUUACUGUCUGACACAGAAAAAGUGCAAUAGAUCAGAAAUAUAAAUUUAUAUUUUCAUAUUUUAGUUGGCCCCAUUGAUGCACUAUUAGUCAUUGAAUUUUAAUUACUAUUAAUUUAAAAAAUUUAUUAAUUCAUUCUAUUAAAUGUGAGUCUUUUCUAUUAAGGUAUAUGUUUAUGAAAUUUUCAUUCUAAUUAUUUAAUAAUUUUAAUGAAAGAAAAAAGAAAAGGAGAUACAUAAGAUAAGUAGCACAUUGAAAUACAUUUACAGUUAGGCCGGUCCUUGCCAUAGACGAUUUAUGAUACUACAGAAGAGUCAUUGUUUCCAAUAAUUGUAACUACCCAAUGAUGAAUAUAUUAUAUUAACUGCAAACUAAAUGUACUCAACUGCCGAUUAAUCUCAGACAUACUGAUGUUGCCGUAAGAUUUUCGAAAGUAUAUGUAAUAGAAUAAGUUAGCGAUAUAUUUAAGAAAAUCCUAAAAAUAGAAAAAAAACAUUAAAAAAAAGAAAGAAAGAAAAGUGAAAAAAAA